UACUUCGACGUGGAGCCCGUCCAAGUGCGCGCCAGACUGCUGGAGUCCAUGAUUCCUGUCAAGAUGAUUAAUUUCCCACAGAAGAUUGCAGGUGAGCUUUAUGGACCUCUUAUGCUGGUUUUCACACUGGUGGCCAUCCUUUUGCAUGGGAUGAAGACCUCGGACACCAUCAUCAGGGAAGGCACACUGAUGGGCACAGCCAUUGGCACCUGCUUCGGUUACUGGUUGGGUGUCUCCUCUUUCAUCUAUUUCCUGGCAUAUCUGUGCAAUGCCCAGAUCACCAUGGUGCAGAUGCUUUCACUGUUGGGCUAUGGCCUUUUUGGACACUGCAUCACUCUCUUUGUCACCUAUAAUAUCCACUUCCACUCCCUCUUCUAUAUCUUCUGGUUGGUUGUUGGUGGACUCUCUACACUACGAAUGGUGGCUGUGUUGGUGUCACGCACCGUGGGGCACACCCAGCGGCUCAUCCUGUGUGGGACACUUGCUGCUCUGCAUAUGCUUUUCCUCCUCUAUCUGCACUUUGCUUAUCACAAGGUGGUAGAAGGUAUCCUGGACACAUUGGAAGGACCCAACAUGCCACCCUUUCAGAGAGUUGCCAGAGACAUUCCAGUUGUUUCCAAUGCUGUCUUGAACACAACAGCCAAAGCCAUUGCAUUGACCCUGUAGUUUCACAGAUUGGGACUUGCUUCCUUCACUACUUUUGGGGCUGCGUAGGAACAUAAUAACCUGCUGCCUCUUAGAAACUGGACAGAACAACAGGGAGAACACUUGGUUUUGUUUGCCUGGACCUGCCCUUUGGUUUGCAGUCUUGGGCAGCUGAGUGGACCACACUUCAGUGACUCGGAAGAACUAUGCUCUUCCUCCUCCUGGGUCUGGGCCAUCUUGAGUAGAGUGGUUCUGUUGCCUGCAUGUUUAGCUGGGAUUUCCCAGCACAGUUUGUCCCUUAGACCUCUUUCCGCUUGCUGAUUUACGGCCAGGGCUGCCUGCCGUGUUCCUGUUCUGAAGAGGGAAGAAUUAAAUUGAUGUUGGUGCUGAGUGAUGUCUUAUGUUUGAGUCUACCUGUGUAGCAGGAGAGAGGGGUUUUGUUCUGUCCUAGACUCAAAACAGGAUUCUUUGCA